UGUUGCAGUCUACACAUCAUUGUACGGAAAAGAAUGGCGUUUGCUGCACUUUCUGUUAUACUUUUCCUCUCCACUUUAAGCUACAGCCUGGCAUCUGAGCAACAGGAUGUCUAUGAGGAUCUCUGGAAUAUGAGUAUUGACAUUGCAAACAAGACUCUCUAUGUCGACUUCAUGCAACAAAUGCAAAGCAACAGCCUGCAGGCCGAACGCUACGUGAACUUUACCUUGCAGGACAUCAACUAUGUGCUAGAAGUUAGCAAUAUGCUAAAAAAAAUGAGCAAGAUGGUCAAAAAACCAGAUGACCUCAGAGAACUGAUAACAGGAAGAUACAAAAGUUACGUAAAGUUUUUGGACUUGCUAUUUCAACAAUAUUUCUUCAAGGGUACACCUUCUAUUAAACCAACACGAGUGAUGAAAACAUAUCUGUCAACUUACAAUAAGGCGAUGACGAAAGACCCUAUCUACUUUGCUGUGGCUCUUGUGCCCUGCGCCAGGCUUUGGGUGUGGCUGGCUAAAAAUCUGGACAUACCUACGACCAGUGUCUACUACACAUGGAAAGUAGACAAUAUGGGUGGGCAGCCUGAAAAGCAUUAUAAAGCUGUACUGAAUAAAUAUCUAAAUACACCUGAAAAAAUAAUCACUGCUAGGGCCCUGUUCCGCUUACAAAUGCAGAAUGAGUAUGACUUCUUUGCAACUUCUUAAACUGAUCACACUGAUAAUUUGUCAGGCUUCUACUUUUUUCCUUAUAAAGGUUUGUCCUUUAAACAGUCAAAUCUUGGCAUAAUUAGCCAUUAUUAAUUAUUGUCAUUGUCAACACAAUCAGUUCAAAAUGUAAUGUUUGAUUAAACAAUGUAUUUAUUAAAAGCAA